AUGAAACAACCACCGGGGUACGAAGACCCAACUCAUCCGGAUCAUGUCUGUCACUUGCAGAGGUCCUUAUAUGGUCUUAAGCAGGCACCUCGGGCGUGGUUUAAACGCCUUCAUGACUUUCUGCUCACUACGGGUUUCAGUGCUUCAAAAACAGAUGUAUCCCUCUUUUACUACAGUUCAGAUGGUUGUCAGGUCUUUUUAUUAGUAUACGUCGAUGACAUUAUUAUGCUGGGAAACAGUGUAACUCUUAUUAACACCUUGCUACACCGUCUUGCAACGGCUUUCAAAAUCAGAGAUCUCGGUAAACCAAGCUUCUUCUUGGGAAUUGAGACAGUGGAUACUCCGGAUGGAGUAAUUUUGUCACAACGUCGUUACAUGCAUGAUCUUUUGAAUAGGGCUGGUAUGGUCGACUGCAAGCCCUUAGCCACUCCUGCUUCGACAACUCAGCCAGUCACGCCGUCCGAUGAGGCGUUUGACAAUCCCACACAGUACCGUCGGAUUGUUGGGGCCUUACAGUAUCUCACCAUUACUCGGCCGGAUUUAUCAUAUGCUGUAAACCGGUUGUGUCAGUUUAUGCAUGCCCCGACUGAUGAGCAUUGGGGUAUGGUCAAGCGAGUCUUAAGGUAUGUAAAGGGCACACUGGAGUAUGGGUUGCGGCUAAGUCCCUCGUCAACUUCCUCUGUUCACGCUUAUUCCGACUCCGAUUGGGCCGGCUGUCCUAUAGAUCGGAAGAGCACCAGCGGGUACGCAGUGUUCCUUGGGUCGAAUCUCAUUUCUUGGCUUUCCCGGAAACAGCGGACAGUUGCACGCUCGUCGACUGAAGCAGAAUACAAGGCCUUAGCCGAUGUGGCAGCUGAGGUUACUUGGGUUGUUUCUCUACUUCGGGAGUUAGGUCUUCACUCAGGGCAACCCUCUACUUUAUGGUGUGAUAACUUGGGAGCGACAUAUCUUUGCGCAAAUCCAGUUUUCCACGCCAGAACGAAGCAUGUUGAAAUCGACUAUCAUUUUGUCCGUGAUAAGGUAGCCAGUGGUGACUUUGUGGUUAAUUUUGUCUCUACGAAGGAUCAGCUUGCAGAUAUUCUCACUAAACCGCUGUCUGGGCCAAGGUUUAUUGAUCUCCGUGACAAGCUCAACGUUGUGUCCCUAACACCGUCAGCUUGA